AAUCAACCGAGCUGUGAAUAGGUACCGCCAACCUGCCUCAACCACCAGCUACUCAAGCUCACCCAUAUUGGAUAUUCCACCUCAGUUACACACGACUGAGAUCCAACAAGACGACCUAACACUCGACCACCGCUUUGUCCGAUCGCUGGCAGGCCAUCAAAAAUGUCCAUCAUCCAGCAUCACACCUCAGCCUCGCUCACGGAUGCCUGGCGCACCAUCAACAUCGACGCACUGACCGAGGACAGUAGCGUCAACUUUGAUACCUCAACGCUGCGCCCGCCCCUGCCAGAGGUCAGUGAUGCAGAGGUGCGACAGCUUGCCCAGCAGAUUCGUCAAUUGCUACGAGGAGGCGAUCCCGAGCGCGCGUUACGGGGCUGCCUAGAGAUGCCCGUUUACCAGGCAGAUGAACCAGUCAAGGACGCGCAUCUCCAGACCGUCAUCGAGGUGUUGCAGUCAAUCAAGGCUAGCGACAUGACGCCGAUGCUUAACCGGAUAUAUGGAUCGGACGGCGGCAGUGAACUUUUGGACGUGCUCAUGAAGUACAUAUACAAGGGGAUGGCCGCGGCGUCAUCGAAUGGCAACCCUCGAACCCCUACCAAAGUCACACCUCAAGCUACCGGAGGCUUUAGCCAGGUUGGCUCUAGGCCCGGAGCAGCAAACGAGUCGGCAGGUGCAGGCAUGAGUGUACUCCUGAGCUGGCAUGAGAAAGUCGUCGAGGUUGCAGGACUGGGUUGCAUAGGUCGUGUUAUGACCGAUUGGAGGAGAGUAUGAUUUGCACUGCAUCAGUCGAUGUUGGUAAAACAGAACGGAAGCACGUAUUAGAUGUUUUUUAUGAUGAAUCCAACAGUCAAAAUUGCAUGCGAUACGCCUGCCAUUGCAAAGCUGCUCGUGCUCGACACAUCAGCCGCUAGCUAGGGUAUCAUGCAAGGAAUACUAAUACAUAUAUGUCUUCACCGCGUCCCGACCCACCCUCCUUGGGUGCAUCGAACCGGCCAGAGUCGAAUUAUUUGGUCUCAAGGACGUCCUUGAGGUUUAUCUGAGCACUGCCUCUAGGGAGAGGUUGCCGUUGGCCCUCCCCCUCCCGCCAGCCUAUCAUGUAAAUUAUUCGGAAGGUGGCAGGAAGACUGCCAUCUUCGUUUCCGUGCAACUCCCGAUAGAUGGCAUCGCUGGCAAGAAGCACAUCCCUACUGAUGGCGCCCAUUUCACGCCCGAUGACGGCGUUUCCCUCGCCCAUGGCCUGCAGAUCCUGCAUCAGGGCAAAGCUGUCCGGAUAGUCGACAAUAACAUCAUCCACGUCCACCGUCAACAUCUUGAACCCGGCACGCUGCAACAACCCGCCAACGUCUUUGACAUCGGCCAGAGGCGAGACGUGCGGUGACACGCCUCCCCUACGCUCUUGCUCGGCCAGCUGCAAAGACGUCCGCAGCUCGUACAGAGUAUCACCGCCAAGCAUCGCGCCAAUGAAGGGCGAAUCUGGCUUAAGGACGUUAUUGAUCUGUCCGAGUACGCCGGGGAGAUCGUUGAUCCAGUGCAUGCUCAGGUUGCUAAGCACCAGAUCAAAAGUAGCCGGCUCAAAUGGGAGAGUCUCCUCAUCAUCCAGGACCACGCGGGAGAUGUCCAUCUCACGAUUCCAAGGCUCGUCAGCAUCCCGGUACAACAUGGCCCGUGACGAAUCAGCAGCGGUGAGUUUGGACAUGCGCGUGGCUAUCGGAGGGGAUAUGGGAUUCGCCGGAUCCGGAUCUGGGUUCUCUCGCGUCAAUGCCUUGGCAACGUUGCAGGCAUUGGCUCCCAGGUCCAGAACAUUUGGGAAUUGGCGUUUAAUGACCGUACCAAUAGUCGUUCACACAACCGGACGGCAACUUCAUCUUUCAGAUAGUCUGCCUGUCUGCUCAGUUGUGGAUUGGACGCAGCUCUUUCUUUUUGUAACCAUUUUGUCCUUCUAUUGAAGACCUCAAAGACGGGCCCGCCAGCGGCCUGGAAGGCGUAUGAGCGUCUUGUCCAACUUUGCACACGAACGUUCCUCGAAAACGCCGAUAUCUUCUGCAUAUGCGGCCUCAUUCUCCCCACUUGAGGCUUCGCAGCAUUUAUAAGGAUCUGUUGAAUGGGAAAACCAGAUAUAAUACAUAACAG